AUGCCUGCUCUAGCUAUUGUUGAUACUCCCGUCGUCGAUGUCUUUCCCGACACAUUCAUUCCGGCGUCGCCAAUUUCCGCCACUGCUGUUGACGGCUCCUGCCAUUGGUCUACGUCGCUCUCCACUGAGCUUUACCGAAUCGACGAUUGGGGAGCUCCGUAUUUUACCGCGAACUCCUCCGGCAACAUCUCCGUUCGUCCUCACGGCUCAAACACGUUGUCUCACCAGGAUAUCGAUCUGAUGAAGGUGGUUAAGGAGGUGACGGAUCCGAAAUCCUCCGGUGGUCUCGGUUUGCAGCUUCCUCUCAUCAUCCGGUUCCCUGACGUUCUGAAGAAUCGGCUGAAGUGUCUUCAAUCGGCGUUUGAUUUGGCGAUCGUUAAUAAAAGCUACGAUUCCCAUUACCAAGGUGUGUAUCCGGUGAAAUGUAACCAGGAUCGAUCCAUCGUCGAGGAUAUCGUCGAAUUCGGAUUGAAAUCUCGGUUUGGAUUGGAAGCUGGUUCGAAGCCUGAGAUCCUUCUCGCUAUGAGCUGUUUAUGCAGAGGUAACCGUGAAGCCUUUCUCGUCUGCAAUGGCUUCAAAGACGCCGAGUAUAUCUCAUUGGCUCUGCUUGGGAAGAAACUUGAAUUGAACACUGUGAUUGUUCUUGAGCAAGAAGAAGAGCUUGAUUUGGUUAUCAAAUUGAGCAAGAAGAUGAACGUGAGGCCUGUGAUUGGGUUACGAGCCAAGCUGAGAACGAAGCAUUCAGGUCAUUUCGGCUCUACUUCCGGUGAGAAAGGCAAGUUUGGAUUGACCGCGAUCCAGAUCGUUCGUGUGGUUCGUAAGCUUGACCAAUUCGGUAUGCUCGAUUGUCUCGAGCUCCUUCAUUUCCACAUCGGUUCGCAGAUUCCUUCAACGACUUUGCUCUCCGACGGUGUCACUGAGGCUGCGCAGCUUUACUGUGAGCUUUUCCGUCUCGGUGCUAGUGAAAUGAAAAUUAUUGACAUCGGUGGUGGGUUAGGGAUUGAUUACGACGGGUCUAAAUCUGGUGAGUCGGAUCUCUCUGUUUCCUACAGUCUCGAGGAGUAUGCUGCAGCGGUUGUGGAGUCCGUUAUGCUUGUUUGUGAUCAGAAAUCUGUGAAGCAUCCGGUGAUAUGCAGCGAGAGUGGUAGAGCCAUCAUCUCUCAUCACUCUGUUUUGAUCUUUGAAGCUGUCUCAGCUAAUCAACAGCAUGAAACCCCAAGCGAUAUUGAGUUCUUGCUUGACGAUUACUCAGAGGAAGCUCGAGGUGAUUACGAGAAGCUUUAUGCUGCUGCGAAGCAUGGUGAUCACGAAAGCUGCUUGCUUUAUGUUGAUCAGCUGAAACAGAGAUGUGUGCAAGAGUUUAAACAAGGUUCUUUGAGCAUUGACCAGUUGGCUGGUGUUGAUGGGUUAUGCGGGUGGGUGGUUAAGGCGAUUGGUGGAUCGGAUCCGGUUCUUACUUACAAUGUCAAUCUGUCUGUUUUCACUUCGAUUCCUGAUUUCUGGGGGAUUGAUCAGUUGUUUCCUAUAGUUCCGAUCCAUAGGCUUGACCAGAGGCCUGUGGCGAGAGGGAUCUUGUAUGAUUUGACUUGUGACAGCGAUGGAAAGAUCGAUAAGUUCAUAGGCGGAGAGUCGAGCUUGCCACUGCACGAACUGGACAACGAAGGGAGAUACUAUUUGGGAAUGUUUCUAGGCGGGGCUUAUGAGGAGGCUCUAGGUGGACUCCACAAUUUGUUCGGUGGACCAAGCGUGGUUCGUGUUUUGCAGACUGAUGGACCGCUUGGAUUCGAAGUGGACCGUGCUGUGAUGGGCCAAUCCUCUGCGGAUGUUCUUAGAGCGAUGCAGCACGAGCCUGAGCUCAUGAUUCAGACGCUUAGAGACCGAGCCGAAGAGGCUGGUGGUGGUGAUGAGGAAAAUGGGGCACUAGUUGCAUCAUGUCUUGAUCAUUCAUUCAACAACAUGCCUUAUCUUAACAAGGAAAUGUCUGAGUAA